AUGGGCACUAGGACUGGGACUAUUGUUCCGCGCCGUGCGGCGCGUGUCAUUCUCAAUGCGACAAAAGUAUUUAUAAAGAAUAACUUGUCCCACUGUGAAGAUGUCAAUACCGAGUAUGAAGCGAAACCCUCUACUAUGAUGACAUACAUACUCGUACUCCCCUCAUUCCAAACCCUACAUUUCAUCUUCGACUGCAUACAUGGUCAUUCCCUGUCGACGUAUGUCGAUAAGCCUCUAAGUAGCCGGUAUUCUAUGCCGAUAUAUCUCCAGGAACGACCUACUCCCUCGGGCACUCGGGCAGCCACGCAGCAAGAGACGUCGAGGUUGAGGGCGUCCACGAUCGAUGGCUGUCCCAGCCUGAAACUCAUCAUCGAGGGUCUUGGUGAGAGCCCCAGUACCAAACGGUCCAAGUACCACACACCCCAAGUCCCUUCAACCCAUCGAAGGCUCUACCAAGCAUGGACGCGGAGAAACGACACCCCAAUCGCGGGAGAUGCCCCGCCCAAAGCGGUCACAGGAUUCAAACCCGUAACCCACGGGGUGCACAAGAAGCUUAAUACACGCUUCAUCCACGCUGUAUAG